UUCACGGUCUUAGAGCGAUCCUCUCAACGCGAAGCAAAAAUAACAAAUGGAGUGCUUGGGAUUCUCUAUAAGUUUGUCUAAGGGAGAUUAGAAAGUUUGGAUUGAAAAUUCGACGAAUUUUGGGCCUGAAAUUGUCGGUUGGAAAAAAGAAAGAAAGAGGAAAAGAAUGGGGGGCAGAGAGAAUAGAGGCGCGCGGCACCUCUGUGCACCGGCCAGCACGAUGAGCUGAGUCACGUCCAGUACGCCGGCGAGCUGAGGUGGCAGCCAUGUGUGGUGAAAAGCUUCAAAAAAGUACUGCUCCUGCCCUUGCUCUUAUCCAUUUUUUUUAUGUCACCAUUCUUUUCUUCUCCCGGCCAAGAGCAGAACACAGCUAGCGCCAGCUUCCUCUAAUUUUUUCUUUCUUGCACCGCAGCACCUGCUCUCUUUGCCCUCUCCUUCUUCCAGCGCAAGCUUGAGCCAUCCCUGUCUCCUUUUUCCUCCAGCGCAGGAAGCAAAGCAGCGCAGCAAACAGCACAGCAACAGAGCAGCUCCUAGCCUCCGGUCCGCUCGAUCCGCUGGCCUGCACCACCGCCUGCGCGCCUUGGCUCGCCGCCCCACAUGCACCAUAUCCACCAGCGCCUGGCCGCCCGUGCUUGCCCUGCUCCUGGCCUCCACUGCGUCUACGCGCCCAUCGCCGCCGCACCCCUUUCCUCCUUGUUCUGUUCUUCUCCCCACCGAGCAAACAAGCAAGCUGCAAGGAGUAACUUUCUCUCUCCCUCUCUCUCCAGUAGCUCAAGCACGCUGCCCCUUUUCUCCGUUUCCUGCUUCGCACGAACAAGCACCACCAGCUACGCACACCACCAUGCUGAGCUCCUGUCUAUUUCCUUUCUACGAAGCAAGAUAGAGCAACAGCUCCCAUUUUCCCCCCUCUUCUUUGCCUUCCACCCCGUCCACAACCUGUUCGAUAAAAUGCCGCUCAGAGGGUUCGCGCAAGAUGUUGUCUCUUAUGCUGCACUGGUUGAAGGACUAUGUGAGACAGGGAGGAUUGAUGAGGCACUGGAGUUGUUCAGGGAGAUGAAGCGGCCAAACAUGCACACAUACGUGGCCUUGGUGAGGGGGUUGUGUGAUGCUAGAAGAGGGAAGGAGGGGCUCUGUAUGCUGCAGAAGAUGAAGGAGCUAGGAUGGAGUCCAAGUACUCGUGCUUAUGCAGCACUGGUCGAUUUAUGGUGUAGGGAGCGGAUGGUUGAUGAGGCUGAGAAAAUGAUGGAAGGAGAUGGUUUAGCUGCUGAUCAGUAUACUUGCAAUGUGCUAGAAGAUGCUUUGGUUGCGGACGUUGAAGCUCCUGAAGUGGAAUUCGUGGAAUUCAGCUAAGGAUGGGCAGCGUCCGCGAAAUGUUGAAGUGCCUCUUUUACUAAAUGGGUUUUCCGAAGAACUAACAUUUGUUGAUCCCAGAAGCACCGCAGGAGCCCGCAGAGGAGGAAGCCCCGGAAAACUAGGGUAUUGUUAUGAGUCUCGCAAUACCCUCAGAAGGAAAAACUCUUAUGUGCAUCUCUCAUCUGGACCAGUUUAUGUUUAAAACUCCUAGAAUCCCUCUA